AUGUGGGUAGGCGAAGAUGAACUUCCUGAUAAGAUAAGCUUUCUUACAUUUAAUGCAGGAUUACUUGAGUAUCGUAUUUGUGGAGUGAAGUUGUAUCAAAAUCCACCAUAUACUUCUCACAGGUUACUACAAAUCCCGUCAGCAUUGAGGGGAAUAAAUGCUGAUAUUAUUGCAUUGCAAGAAGUAUUCGACGAAAAGCACUCUGACUACAUUAUUGAGUCUUUACAACCAGUUUAUCCAUAUUUUGCUCGUGAAUCAAAGCAAAAUCAAAAGCAAAAGUCACUAAAGAGAUGGCAACCAAUAUCAGUUAUACAUAAUCAGUUGGCACUACACAACGGAUUAUUGGUGCUUAGUAAAUAUCCAGUAUUAAAUGCAAGAUUUACAUGCUUUAGUGAUGUAACAUUGAUUGAAGAAUGGUUCAUAAGCAAGGGAAUGUUAGAAGUAACAAUUCAACUACCAGGAAUGGAUAAAUCACCACUAACCUUAUUUAAUAUUCACAUGGCAAGUGGGGCAGUUAAUCCCGAGUCAGAAACAAUCGAAACACUCAGAAACAAAGAAAUCGAACAACUUUUAGGGGCAUGUGACCAUGCAAUCCGCAGAGGGGAGGUCCCUGUAAUUAUUGGAGAUUUAAAUGCGGCUCCGAAUUGCUGCGGUAGUAACUAUCAUUAUUUUACGGAUAGAGGUUGGAGAGAUUGUUUUGAACAUUUAAAGCAUGAAAAUAAAGAUAGCACGUCCGCCUCGUCAAAUAUAAGUUCUCAAAUAAACUUAAAAUCUAGGCAGAAUGACUUUGAUUACAAAGGGAAGCAAACAUAUAUCGAUAUGGAUGACCUUUACGAUGAUUUAAGUAACUAUUCAAAAGAAAACUUUACUCACAGAGAGGAACAAAUUGAGGAGGAAGAACAUGUAACUCCCUCAAGCAACGAUUCUUUUUCGACUAGGAUUGAUAUUGAUACAACCCCGAUGAUUAACAUGAACAUCAGUACAUCCAAAAUAAAUAAGGGAAAUGACGACGUUGCAGUUGUAAACAAGCUUGUUUCAUCAUUUGCUGUUGCAAAGGCUGCAGUUGAAGCAGCUAAAAGAGGAUUCUCAUCAUGUUCUCCUGAGUCUACAAGUAUUGAGGUUGUCUCAACUACAAAGUCUUCGAAUUGUUCAAAUAAUAUAAGCGAAUUUCAGGGCAACUACCCAAUUAAACAGUACUUUCCAGGUAAUAAAGAGUAUAAUAGUAGCAAAUCAUUUUCAUCCGAUUUUACAUGGGAUCCAAAUAAUCCUCUUAAUGUCAUCGGCCCGCAUAGUAAUUGCCAUGGCCAAAGAUGUGACCAUAUAUUUCUUCCGCCAACCCACCUAUCGAAAAAGUUGGCUCAAUACGAACCUCACAAAUCAAGCGUUAUUCUUAGAGAACCUAGGGUUCUAGUUGAUGGCUGGUGUUUCGGCUGUGUUGGGUCAGCAGUGCUAGUUACUCUCAGCGAUCAUUACGGGGUUUACGUAGAACUUAAGAGGAAACUUGACAAUAAUUGCAGGAAUUCACAAUAUUAA